AAGCACUGAUAAUUUGCGAUUAAUGAUAAGAUACGAGAUGUGAACAACUGAACAGUCAUGAGUCACACCUGCCACUGUGGACACCGUAUGUCCAGACGAUGGCGUGCUGUGCCAAUCUCGCGCCUGCGUUGUUGCUGCACGUCAAUUUGUUACUGAUGGUGCUGGUAGGCGGAGUUUUGCUGACGGGGCUGCGUGCAUGCUGGGACCCUACACUUUAUGUGCCAGCACGCGAACUUUUUCCGCUCGAGUAUCGUGUUACCGCUGUUCUGCUGCCUACUCUGGGCCUUGUCACGCUAAUCGCCAGUCACGCUGCUCUUCUUGCGCUACGAUCUCAUCGCCGCACACUGCGUCGCGUGCUUCUUUAUCUGUACGCUGGAAUUCUCGUGGCAUGCAGCAUUGCACAAACAGCAUGUGGAGCCUGGGUGUGGGCACGGUCCACCGAGUGGAGCCAGGGUGAGCAAGCGCGAGAGGUCCGACGCGCGGCGGCAUUAGGUGAACACUUACAACCAUUACUAGAAGAGUUAGCACAGUGGCCAUCACUACCCCAGAUCGCGCGUGUGGCCGCACUGAUGCGCGAAGCACGCGAUGAUCUGCCGCGUGAGCUUCGAGCGCUGAGCGCUGCUGCCGUAAUGCUAUUGACGUUGCAAUUACUAGCAGCACUGUUAGCGCUGAUCUCGGCUAUUGGCCCACCACGCCGCGCGCCUUCAUUACUCACACUCUCCACACCACUCAGACAUUUAUAUUUGACGUUGAGGGUAGCAGUCGCAAAGGAAAGUCUCGAGCGGUGUACCGUGGCGGGAGACUGUGGCUGCUGCAGGAUGACCGCAACGACGACGCGCCACUCGCCUUCACCUGAGACACCGUGCGCCAGCCGCUACUCACAACUGCCCAUUUGCACGAGGACAUUCACACUUCAGACAUGAAUAUUCGUGUAAUAAAACUGCUAUGUGAUAAACUAUAACUGUAAAAGAUGUUUAAGUAAUUUUGAGUUAUACUUGUAACAGAUAAGCAGGUUAUGAUUGUCAAAAAUAAAAAUCAAUA